AGAGCAGGAAAGGCGACGCUCCGAAGAUGUCCUGGCAGGCAUACGUGGACAACCAGAUCUGCUCCCAAGUGCAGUGUACGGUUGCUGCUAUCGCCGCGCUGGCGGAUGGCGCUAUCUGGGGCAAGUACGAGAAGGAUCCCAAAACGGCGAAAGUGACGCAGAAAGAGCUGAAGACUAUUGCUGACACGAUGAAGACGAAGCCAAGCAACUUCAACGAGAAUGGCAUCUUCAUAGGAGGUACCAAGUACGUCUGCUUAUCGGCCGAGAAGACUCUGGUGCGGGGCCGCAAGGGCAGUUCCGCCUUCAUCGCUGUCGCAACCAGCGCUUGUCUCCUGGUUGCCGCUACCGUCGAUGGUUUUCCCCCCGGCCAGCUCAACACAGUGGUCGAAAAGCUGGGUGACUACCUCAGGAGCAACGGCUACUAGACAGCCAACAGCGGCGACGGCGGCGCCCACGAAGCAGCGUUCGUCUAUUCCUUGCGACUAAGCCUCCAGAGCCACAACACACGCCUUCACCACCUGUCCAUAAGCCUACCCGCCCCGGUAUGUUCCCUCACCGUAAGCCUACCUACGCCUGUCAUCCAUCUCCACCUUCCCUAAGCCUCCCGAGCCUCGGCAUCAGCCUUUACUCGCCCCUAAGACUACCGCACACCAGCAUACGCCUUCACGGACUCCAAGCCUACCGGACUCUUGCACCCGCCUUCACAGGCCCCUAAGCCUACCGGUCUCCUGCACCCGCCUUCACAGACCCUUAAGCCUACCGGUCUCCUGCACCCGCCUUCACGGACCCCUUAGCCUACUGGUCUCCUGCCCUCGCCUUUACGGACCCCUUAGCCUACCGCUCUUCUGCCCUUGCCUUCACGGACCCCUUAGCCUACCGGUCUCCUGCACUCGCCUUCACGGACCCCUCAGCCUACCGGUCUCUUGCACCCGCCUUCACGGACCCCUUAACCUACCGGACUCCUGCACCCGCCUUCGCAGACCCCUUUGCCUACCGAUCUUCUGCAGCCGCCUACGCGGACCCCUUAGCCUACCGAUCUUCUGCAGCCGCCUACGCGGACCCCUUAGCCUACCGGUCUCCUGCACCCGCCUUUGCCGACCCCUUAGCCUACCGGUAUCCUGCAUCCGCCUUCGCGGACCCCGAAGCCUACCGGUCUCCUGCAUCCGCCUUCGCGGACCCCGAAGCCUACCGGUCUCCUGCAUCCGCCUUCGCGGACCCCGAAGCCUACCGGUCUCCUGCAUCCGCCUUCGUGGACCCCUAAGCCUUCCGCACACCGGCACCUGUAUUCACGGACCCCUAAGCCUUCCGCACACCGGCACCUGUAUUCACUGGCCCCUAAGCCUUCGGCACAUCGUCACCGAGCCCGGGCCUCUGCUUUCUCCUACCCCUAAGCCUAUCAUGCCCCAGCCUGAGACUAGCGAGACCUGGGGUCUGCCUUCAGAUUUCUAAACUUGCCGAACCUCUGUACCUGCCUCAACUACCUCCGCCUACCGCAAACCCGGUUACCAAUCUAACUGGCCCAUUAUCCUGCUGAUGUCUAUCUCUGGAUGUUCCUGCCAAGCACCCGCUACGAGUUCUGGCCGCGGGACAAGUCAUUCGUAUUUUUUCAUUGUAUUCUUCAGCCCCUUUUUCAUCCCAGACUCCUGCAGCUAUUCUCCCGAACACUGGUUUCCAAGGGCAAGGUGGCACGCGACAGCCAAGGAAUGAAGACGCUCGUGCUUCGGGCGUGGAACUGCCGAUUUUUUUAUGCGCCGCCUCUCCGUCUCGUGGUAGUUUCUUUUUUUCUUUUUCUUCGCUUUGUCUUCCUGCUCAUGUUGCGUGUUUGUAAAAAAAAUAAAACCCGCAGCUACAUUGAAGGGUGCGGUCACGCUGUGUACCUGAAGUGCCCAUUAAAAUAAAUUUUCUUUAUUAAGAGUG